GACACGCUGAUCCGUGUGUUCAAGGAUGGUGUAGAGACCACUGGGCGCAAGCAGGGUAAUGGAUGGGUAGUGGAGGCAGAGGAGGAGAUAGCUCACCAAGCAUUGUACUACAGCAGGUUCCGGAUCGAUGGCAUUCCACAGCGCCAGGGAGGAACGGUGGGAAACACCUUGCGACGUACGCUGAUGCGGCAGGACUUGUUUCGCACCUACGCGGCUGUGGCCUUCCGCCUUCGUUACAGAUCCUACAAUGUGGACCAGGGCAAGGUCUUCGUAUCACGUGCUCAGCCAGCACUUCACGAGUUCUCAUCGGUUCCUGGAAUCCAGGAGUCCAUGAUCGAUGUUGUGAAGAGCGUGCAGCAGUUGACAGUGGCAAAAGCACCAUGGGAGGCACCCGCAGAUCUUCCAUUGUCCGCGAUGGCUUCAGAGCAUCCAGGAGAGCCGGAUGUCUGGCGGUGGGAUAUGGUGGAUAGCUCUUCCUUCUACGAACAACCCACAUACCUCCCUCUGGGCGGCCAGCACUUGCUAGAGAUCUCCGCUCCGGCAAUGAUCGAGUUCGAGGUCGAAGAAAUAUCGCCCGCAUUCGAAGAGUACCGGAAACGCCUGCGCUUCGACCGAUGGCUUCUGGUACCUCCCCUCUUCUCACCAGUGAAGAAGGCUGGAAGUGUGGACCACGAGAUCUGCCAGGACUAUGCCGGCCUUGAUGAAAGAUCGGCCUCGAGCUCCAAUGCCAUGAAGUUCAAUGGCGAAGAUGACGACGCCAACUUUCUGGACGACAGACUAGAUGCCUUGGAUGAGCUUCUUGACAGUGCAAGCCAGAACGACGAUGAUGAGGAUGACGAAGACAUGCGGGCUCUGACGGAGGGCCUUUUUGAUGUUUGA